AUGAUAAAUCUAGAGGCGUAUGCGAAGAACAACAUCCGUCGAUGGAUGAAACCUGGCUCUUACUGGUCAUCAGCAGAGGAGCAGAAGAAGAAAGUCUCUGAAGAGGAUGCCGAGCGCAUGAUCAAGAAGUGGGAGCGGCAGCUGGCUAACCGCUCUGAUGUGCCCGAUGAUGAGAGUUCCAGCGAACCGGAGCAGGAAGAACUCUGCUCUGAGGAUGCAGAGGAAAAGCAAGAGGCGGAGGAAGAGGAAGAGGAAGAGACUGACGAAGGAGCAAGCGGCUCAGAAAGCUCAGGUCACGAAGUAAGCGAGGAGGAGGCAGAGGAGGAGAAGGAAAGCGUUGACUCCGAUGAGGGGUCAGCAAGUGCAGUGUUGUCCAAGGCAAGCGAGCUUUCGGCUGAGAGCGACGGCAUCGACGCCCAUGCCGAUGACCUCGAAGAAAGUUCGGACGAUGACUCAGACGAGUCGUCGUUGAGCUCGAGCGAUGAGGACGGCCGGGUUGCAGGUAUAUCCAAGAAGAAGGAAAAGGAAACCACCACGGACCAGAACAAGCAAAAGCAAAGCAAGGACGAGAAGGAAGCCCAGAAGAAGGAGAAGGAAACCACCACGGACACCAAGGGAACGACAGAGAAGAAGGCAAGCGGGGACACAACCAAGCCGGAGAAGAAGGUCAAGAAAGAGAAGAAGGAGAAAAAGGAAACGGCAGAGCAGGCCACGGAAGGCGCUGAGAAGGCAACGGAGGAGGAGCAUGGCCGUUUGGCCGAUGCUGAGCAGAAAACGCUGCCCAAGAAGCCCGCCAACUCAUCGAGCCACAGGAAGGAAUACAUGCGGUUCAAAAGGUGGACGAAAAGCAAGAAGCGGUUCCCGGCAAAGUUGACAAGUGCGGUGCAAACCCAGGACACCGUCGUGCGAUGCUUGAUCUGCAUGACGAUUCCGGAUCCGGAGCUGCCACCCGACAGCGGCGAAGUGCUGUACUUCGUGAUGGUCGAAAUGGAUUUCUCGAACAUCCAAGAGUUAACCAGGGUGGCCAAGUUGGAGCUUUCGGGUGCGAUUGACAAGGAGGGGCUGAAACAGUUCGUCCAGGCAGGCGGCUAUUACUAUAACGGUGCUGUGAGCAAAGCGCUCACAGAGGUUGCAGGGAAGAUCCAAGUUCUCACGAACAAGAAGAAGAACAAAAACAAGUAUUAUCACGACGUGUGCAAGGAGGCUGAUUCCCUGAGCAAGCUCGCGACCGAGCAGAUCAACUUAGCCAAGGCCCUGCACCGAGCCAAGAACAAGUCUGAGCCAAAGGCAAAGGCGAAAUCCGCUGCAUCCAGCAAUGCCACAGCAUCGCCUGGGGAUAAGUCGGCCAAGUGA